AUGGAACAUUUCAUGAAACUCUUUGAUUCUUUCUGGUUUGAGAUUAAUAUUUUGAACAUAAACACAGCUUCAUCAAUAACAUCAACAAGUUUAGAAGAAAAUCUAAAAGAUUGUCAGAAAAAUGAAACACCGUCUGCAGAAGAAGAACCAAAACUCACUCGGAUCCGAACUGUUCAUAACAGAUCCAUGAGUGACCAAUCUAUAACAAGUUUCAAUCAUGAUUCUCUUUCUCCAGAUUCUGUUCUCAUUCCUUCAAAGCUUCAAACAAUUUUCUCAGGAAAAGAAGUAACAGACUCAGAAGACAAAAACCUAGUACCAACACAAACGUUGUUGUUGCCUAAAGAGAACAGCAUCAACAAGGUUGUUAAGAAGAAAAGGGAAAGUAAGAGUUUAUCGGACCUUGAAUUCGAGGAGCUAAAAGGGUUCAUGGAUCUGGGUUUUGUUUUCUCAGAAGAAGAUAAAGAUUCAAACUUGGUUUCAAUUAUUCCUGGGCUACAAAGAUUUGGGAAGAAAGAUGAAGAACAAGAAGAAGAUGAUGUUAGUGAUGAGUCUGUGAUUCAAAGACCUUAUCUUUCUGAAGCUUGGGAGGUUCAUGAGAGAAAAAAAGAGAAGGCUUUGAUGAAAUGGAAAGCUCCUGCUAUGAAGAAUGAAAUUGAUAUGAAAAAUAGUCUCAGAUUGUGGGCACACAAUGUUGCUUCUACAGUUAGAUGA